CCUAUAUACAUUAUAGACAAAAUUUUAGCUAAAACCAAAGUUUGUUCUAUCAGUGAUUUUAAAUCCAUCCUAAUAGCACCAGCGUAAUUCCUACAACAUUUUUUUAAUUAAAAAAAAAAAGAAAAAAAAAAGAGAGACAAAAAGAAAAGCAGUCCCCAAGUCGAAAAUACAUAUUGUGAAACAGAAAUCCGCCCAAAUCUUUGCCCAUUCACAGCAACCAUCUUAUCCUCGAUUCACAGAGAAUCUAUCUCAUGGAUCCGGAGGCAGCACGUACAGCACGUGAUUCUCUGGAACUUGUAUUUCAUAUGUCGAACAUUCUGGACACUGGCCUCGAUCGUCAUACUCUUUCUGUUCUCAUUUCCCUUUGCGAUUUGGGUCUUAACCCUGAAGCAUUGGCUGCUGUCAUUAAGGAACUUCGACAACAAAAACCCUCUUCUUCUCCUUCACUGCCUUAGCCAGGGAAGAGCUAUUGAAGCAAUGAACUGUAGCACAUUAGUUACAAUAGACCGAGGCAAGUCCUGGAAGUAGCAUUGAGUCAUAGUUCAGGUAUUGUCUCAUUUUAAGAAUCACUGUCAUUCAUUGACAAACAUUUUAAAUUUCUCCUGCCUAGAUCGACCUACUUCCAAGUUCCAAUCUUGCGCUCUCUUGAUUACCCCGUAGGCUUUGAACUAGCUAGUGACUAAGGCAUGAUAUGCAAAUGUAUUCUUCCAGUACUGUCAAAUAGGACAUCACUGUUGUUUCUAUUCUCAUUGUUGUCUCGCAGCCUGAUCUGAAUCUUUCGAUCAAAAAUACUUGAAGGUAUUCCUCUGCUUCCUUGGAUUCCUAUAAAAACCUAGCUCUUAUCAUCAACAAAAAAU